AUGAAGAGCUAUCAUGGGGGGCGCAGCCAAUCACGGGAACACCCCUGCCACUGCGUGCCAGAGGCCUGCGACCAGCCGAUGGAAUUCGCCCACCACAGCCAGGAACCUCGCCAGCCAUACCUCCUCAGCCCCAGUGAGCCCUGUUCCUUGGACCGCUACUGCCCAUCCCGGAGCUCCGCUGAGCCCCUGCUCAGCCUAACGGAGCCCCUCUCCACCACCAGCAGCAGCAGCACCUUCCCUAGAAUGCACCACAUGCUGCAGCAGCACGACUCCUGCGACGAGUGCAUGGCGGCAGCCCACCCCUCUGGCAAGAUCAACCGGCUGCCCCCAACGCUCCUCGACCAGUUCGAGAAGCAGCUGCCCCUGCACCACGAGGGCUUCCAUACCCUGCAGUACCAGCGGGCCAGCAGCGCGGAGCAGCCGCGCAGCGAGAGCCCCAGCCGCAUCCGGCACCUUGUCCACUCGGUCCAGAAGCUCUUCGCCAAGUCGCACUCCCUGGAGGCGCCCUCCAAGCGGGAGUACAACGGCACCAAGAUGGAUGGCCGGGGAGGGGAGGCCGGGUACCACCACCACCACCCGCACCACCACCACCGCCAGUCCCGCCACGGCAAGCGCAGCAAAAGCAAAGACCGCAAGCCAGACUCCUCCUCUUCCUCGUCUCGCCACCGGAACAAGAUGAUGGGCUGGUGGAGCUCAGACGACAAUUUGGAUAGUGACAGCAGCUACAUGAUGUCCGGGAGGCAGCAUGCCGUGGACCAAGCCACCCAGUACUGCGCGGACACCCCAGAAAGUGCCUUCAGAGACUUGACCUUGAAGAGCCUGAAGAGCGGAGGUGGGGAAGGAAAGUGCCUGGCCUGUGCUGGGAUGUCCAUGUCCCUGGAUGGCCAGACCCUCAAGAGGAGCUCCUGGCACACCAUGACAGUCAGCCAAGCACGGGAGGCCUACCCCAGCUCAGGAGGGGGCUCGGAGAAGGCCUUGAUGCUCCAAGAGGCCAAGGUCAAGGACCGGUCCUACCAUUACCUUCAGGUACCACAGGAUGACUGGGGAGGAUACCCAGCAUCCGGGAAGGAUGGUGAGAUACCCUGUCGGCGGAUGCGGAGUGGCAGUUACAUCAAGGCCAUGGGAGAUGAUGACAGCGGGGACUCGGAUACCAGCACCAAGGUGUCCCCAAAGGGGGUGACCCGGCGUGAUGGGUACCGCCGUUCCUCCAGUGUAGACCAGGCCAGAACCAAGUUUGCAAGUAGACACUAUUCUGACUCAUAUAUCUGUAACUGUCCCAGCUGCUGCACAUCACCCCGAAUCCGGCAACGGGGACAAGGGUAUGGACGCUCCUUCACCACUGGGCAGAUCAAUGACGAGCUCAACCAUCAGUUUGAGGCCGUGUGCGAGUCCGUGUUUGGUGAGGUGGAGUCCCAGGCGGUGGAGGCCUUGGACCUUCCGGGUUGCUUCCGCAUGCGCAGCCACAGCUACCUGAGGGCCAUCCAGGCCGGCUGCUCCCAGGAUGACGACUGCCUCUCUCUCUUCACCAUGGCCACAACCACCCACCAGCCCGGCCAACCCCUCACCAGCAGCAUCCUCAAGCCAAGCACCUCCUUCAGCUACCGAAAAGCACCGCCUCCCCUCCCUUCAGGGAUCAAAGCCAAGCCCCUCAUUUCCGUCACAACGCAGAGCAGCACUGAGUCCACCCACGACAGCUUCCUGCCCAGAGAGGUCAACAGAAGCCCGUCCUGGUCCAAAGAGGCCGCCAAGCGCUGCAAUUCCACCGAGAGCCUGGAAAAUACCAAGAUCACUGCCAUGUCCCUGGACCUGCCUUCCGUCCAGCCCAGGACUUCCCCCAAGCCCUCCACCCUCAUCAUCCGGACAAUCCCAGGGAGGGAGGAACUGCGAAGUCUGGCCCGCCAGAGGAAAUGGCGCCCAUCUAUCGGAGUUCAGGUGGAAACCAUAUCCGAUUCCGACACAGAAAACAGAAGCCGCCGAGAGUUUCACUCCAUUGGGGUGCAAGUGGAAGAAGAUAAAAGGCGUGCUCGCUUCAAGCGGUCCAACAGCGUGACGGCCGGCGUGCAGGCUGACCUGGAGCUGGAGGGGCUGGCGGGGCUGGCCGUGGCCAAAGAGGACAAGGCCCUUCAGUUCGGGCGCCCCUUCCAGCGACACGCGUCGGAGCCAGAGUCAACCCGGCAGUACUCGGUCUACAAGACGGUGCACACGCAAGGCCGUUGGGCCUACCGGGAAGACUACCAGAUGCAGUAUGACACGGUGGAGGUGCCACGCCAGGAUUCCUGGAUGGACAGAGGCUCGCGCAGCCUCCCCGAUUCCGGCCGGGCAUCGCCCUGCCACCGGGACGGCGAAUGGUUCAUCAAGCUGCUGCAAGCAGAGGUGGAAAAGAUGGAAGGCUGGUGCCAGCAGAUGGAGCGGGAGGCUGAAGAUUAUGACCUGCCGGAAGAGAUCCUUGAGAAGAUCCGUAGCGCAGUGGGUAGCGCCCAGCUUCUGAUGUCCCAGAAAGUCCAGCAGUUUUAUCGACUUUGCCAGCAGAAUAUGGACCCCAAUGCUUUUCCCAUGCCAACUUUCCAGGACCUGGCUGGAUUCUGGGACCUUCUGCAGCUCUCCAUUGAAGACGUCAGCAUGAAGUUUGCUGAACUUCACCAGCUCAAAGCCAAUGGGUGGAAACCCAUUGAGCCCAAGGAGGAAAAGAAGGUGCCUCCACCGAUACCAAAGAAGCCGUCGCGCUCCCGGCUGCACCCGGUGAAGGACCGGUCCUUGGACUCUGUGGACCGGCAGCGGCAGGAGGCCCGCAAGAGGCUCCUGGCUGCCAAGCGGGCGGCCUCUUUCCGCCAGAGCUCCGCCACCGAGAGCGCAGAUAGCAUUGAGAUCUACAUCCCCGAGGCCCAGACCAGACUGUGA